UUCAGUUCGAAACACGUCCCCCCGUCCGUCUCGGUCUCUGGCGAAAACACAACGCCGACGACGAGAAAGCCACUCUCGGCAUCGGUAUUGGCAUCGGCAUCGAGCCAUCAACUUCGACAUCGAGCCAUCGGGCAGUUCGAUCGGAUCGCCGGGGAAUCAAAUCAAAUCAAAGCAGGCAGUCAAAGGCAGCGCGUCGAAACUUGGUGGCCCAUCCACUUGAAGAGUAUCUCGCAGAUACAGAUACAGAUCAAAAAUUAGGUUCUGCGUGCCGCGUUCCCAGUUACCAGUUACCCGCCUCACCUCUCGAAUUACUAUAAAUACUAUCCAUUUUUUUUUUUUGGUUUAUAUUGCUUUGUGUUGACUCAGUUUUGCGUUGCAUUCUCGAACUUUCCCCAAAACCACCGAAAAGUGACAAGAUUCUGCUAGGGACAUUUCUGCAGAAUCUCCUUCACAUAUAUAUGUGUAAAUGACGACAGCUGCUUGCCCAAUCGACCUCAGCAGCAGCAGCGAUAGCCGAAAGAGCAAAACGGCCAACACGCGUGAAAGAGAAACAACGCUCGGGGAGAGCAGAAGUCGUCUCCACAGAAUCGGCUCGCUGCUGACACUCGCCGUGCUCAUGUACCAGUUGCAGCAGUUCGCCCACCCCGGCAGCGGUGGCAUCGCAGCCGCCCCAACCCCUUCGCCAUCGCUCAAUGCCACAUACCUUGCCCCACCACCAGACCUGCUAAAGCGCCUCCGAAAGCGGCACAAUCUUGGCAAUUUUCGGCAGCGCUUCCAGAGGGAGCUCAACGGCAGCAUCACCCGUGUGGACUGGGAAAACACGUGCGGGGGCAACUGGACGGGACCUGAGGACUGGGUCCGUCCGGCCAAACGCUGCAAAAAGCGGCAGUUGGUUAUCCACGCUCUGCAGAACCAUACGAGGAGCGAGCUGCGAAGCCUGCGGGCAGAGAACAAGGACACGGCCACCACUAAGGCCAUCGAUAUCUCGCAGCAACGCAAGUGGGCUCUGCACAGUGGAACCUACAAGUUUCUGCCACGGCUCAACGCUAGUAGUCCCCAGCUCAACCUGCGCCACGUGCACCGAGAUCUGCAGUUCUACGUGGGGGCCUUCAGCUACCUGCGCCACGCCCAGCUCCACUGGGACUAUUCCAACACCCAGACCGAGAGUGUCAUGUCCGCAGAACUGGGGCGCCUGCGCAAAAGCGCCCGCCGCGUACUUUGCAGUGUUGAGGUGGCCAUCAACGCCACCAACCGUCUGUACGCCAGUAAGGGCAAAAAAAACAGCCGGCGGGCCGUGCCUCUUCUACACAGUAAGAUCUUGAGCCGAGAGCUCAUGGAGAAGCGCCUGCAACAAUUUAAGACGCCACUCGUCCAGCUGCACCACGAGGCGGCACUGGCAGCCCGCUCCCUGCCCGCCGAGCAGCCCAUCCAGUCCGUGCAGCUUGCCGUGGACGCACGCUUCGUCAAAUUCGAGUACGUACAGUACUUGAACAACGCCUGGAAGAUCCUUGCCAGACAGCGCAAGCAGCUCUGCCGGAAUCAGAGACAAAGACAAGGCACCGCCCCUAGGCGGAGGCAGCCCAACCAGGGUCGGGGAAGGACACAGUCGAAUUGAAGACCAAAGGAAGGAGAGAGCAGACAGAAAAAAACAGAACCAGAGAAAGAGAGGGAGCAACCAGAGAAACCUCCGCUCCAUAACGAGGCUCAUUCCACCAUCCCAAGACAUUUUUAUUUAUUUACCAUUCGCUAUUUAUUAAAUCAAAGUCACGAGUCACCAGUCACGAAUCACAAAUCACAAACGAUCCAGUCACAGGCUAUGAAAACUUGAAUAUGGAAAACCUAAGUCCCCGAUCAAACAGAGACAACCAUAGAGAGAAAUAUAUACCUCCCUCCUCUACCACCUACGAUUCUACUUACAUAUACAUAUACA